GUUACACCAAGCGUGUAGGAACGCGCAAACAAUCCAGCGAGCACAAAAAAGCAUCGCUGGCUUAACCUUUAGAGAGCCGGCGUGUUUUCCUUGAAAUCUCGUAUAUAUAUAAAAAUAAAGUUCUGCAGCCAUAGUAUUCAAAACUUGUACACGUAUAUAUAAACGUCUCGUAUCAAGUAUUAUCGUACAGAUUCAGAGCCGUUAGGCUAGACCGGUUCUCCAAAGAUUAAAUGAGAUUGAACCAUCAGUACAGAGCAAUUGUCAUUAAAAUUGAUAAAUGUUGCUACUCGAUCAAUAUUACGAUUGGUCACUUUUGCGGGAGAGGAAAGAAUAGAGAACCCGAUGAGAGCAAAGAAAUCUACAAAAUGUUUAUUUUUGUGAAACCAAUAUUAUGCAUGAUCAUCAGCACGGUCUUUGUCUUGUAUCUUCAUUUUGCAUAUAUUAUAGAUACGUAUUUUCAAUGGUUUUUUGACGAUGUCAAAGAUAUGCAACAAUACGAUUACAUCGUUGUUGGCGCUGGCACUGCUGGUUCACUUUUAGCGUCUCGUGUAGCAGAAGAUAAUCACAGUAUAUUAUUGUUAGAAGCAGGUGGUACUGCACCAUAUUUCCUUGAUAUACCACUUCUGACACCAAUGAUUCAAAAGUCUGUUUACGACUGGCAAUAUCUCACUGUUCCUCAAGAGCACGCGUGUAAAUCCUUAAUCAAUAAUCAAAGCAGAUGGCCCAAAGGAAAACUUCUUGGUGGAACAAGCCGUUUAAAUUAUAUGGCUUAUGUGCUGGGACAUUGGCUGGACUAUGAAACAUGGUUUCCAAAUUUUACUGAAUUCACUGCAAAAACUGAUAAGACAGUGAGCAUCAGUGACCUAAGAUGGAAUUCUGAGUUUGCUGAUAUAAUUUUGGAAGCAAUAAAAGAAUUAAAUCACAAUGUAACUAAUUUGAACUCACAAAUGGCUACAGGCUUCAUGAAGGCUCAGUUGACAAUGGAGAACGGCAAGAGGUGGAGUUCAGACCAAGUACUAAAUCAUAAAUACAAUCCUACUCUCGUUGUACUUACUCACGCACGUGCUGACAAAAUAUUAGUAAAUCUGGAUAAAAAAGCUGAAGGAAUCGAAUUUGUUAGAUUUGGCAAUAAAUAUACAGCAAUAGCGAAGGAAGGAGUUAUACUAAGCGCAGGCGCAGUUGAGAGUCCAAAGUUGUUGAUGUUAUCUGGAAUUGGACCCAGAAAGCAUUUGGAGGAUCUCAAUAUUAGUGUGAUUAAUGACUUACCAGUUGGUCAAUUUUUGGUGGAUCACGUACUAACCGGCCUUGAUUUGGUUGUACUCAACACAAGUCUCGGAUUGAAUCUCUUCGACAUCUUAAAUCCUAUAUCGGCAAUCAAUUAUUUUCUUUUUGGAGAAGGGCCGUGGACAUCAGCAGGAAUUGAGGUAUUGGGAAGCUUCUAUAGCGCUUUACAUACAAAUAAAUCUGCACCACCUGACUUACAGUUGAUGGUUUUACCUCUUGGUGCGUCAGAAGAUCAUGGCUUCAUUCUUAAAAAUACGAUAGGUAUUUCUGAUGAGGUAUAUAAUGAGUAUUUUGCUUCCCUUUCAUACGAAAAUACAGUGACAAUUGCGCCCGUUUUGUUACACCCAAAGAGCAACGGAGAAAUACAACUGCGGAGUAACGAUCCUGCAGAUAAACCAUUAAUCGACCCGAAAUAUUUGUCGAAUAAGGAUGACAUCGACACACUUGUAGAAGGCUUGUACUUUAUGAAGGAACUUUUAAACACAAGCGUUAUGAGAACCAAUGGCGUAUCUCUCAAUAAAAAACCUUUUCCCGGUUGUAAAAACCAUGUAUUUGAUACUAGAGAUUAUUGGAGAUGUUACGUGCAACAUUUAACUCUGACGUCUUAUCAUCCAGCUGGUACAUGCCGUAUGGAUAAUGUCGUCGACGCAUCCUUCAAAGUUUAUAAUAUGAAAAAUUUGUAUGUUGUGGAUUCGUCAGUUCUUCCGUCGUUGCCCAGUGGAAAUAUUAACGCGGCUGUAAUUGCAUUAGCGCAAAAAGCUGCUAUUAUGUUUAAGUACAAACGAAAGGCAAAAGUAAAUCAGAACUUACAAAGGCGAUACAAAUCAUACAGAAUGUGUUAUGUAUUUAACAUUUGUGUCAGUAUAUGAAAUAUCAAAUGUAAGUAUGCAAAAUAAAGCUUACAACAGUUUAUCUCUAUUGAUAUAUAUGUAUAGCAAUGCACAUAAAAAUUCAUCCUAGUUGAUAUGGUGUAUUAACUGAUGUAUAUAUAAUGGUAAUAAUACAAGGAAAAAAAAGUUUUAUCUUGUUUCUUAAAUACAAAUUUACCAUUGAUGGUAACGUUAAAUGGUGAGAGAUAAUUUUUUUUUUUUUUUUUUUUUUUUAACAAUUUUUUUCUGAAAAU